AUGGCAAGUCAAGAAUGGUUGGGACGAGGCGAUAUCCUAAGAUCUACACGCUAUCUGGGCUCACUACGAGCGCCAAAUGUCACAACUCACGGAAGUAAGAAUCCCGAGAUUUGCACUGAGCGAAGAAAUUCUCCGAAUUUAAAUCCAUGCAACGUCUUCCAUACUUUGUACCUGGAAAUAGAAAAUACUUACCUUUGUUGUGACUCUGCAGUAACGCUAGCCUGGAUUAACAGUCCUUCAAAUCAUUGCAAGACAUUCGUCGCGAACAGAGUCAGUGAAAUUCAGAAUUUGGUACCCAAUGCCAUUUGCAAACAUAUCCGAUCCAAGGACAAUCCUACAGAUAUACUUUCUCGAGGUUUGAAUGCUGUACCAUUAGCUGUCUCAGGCCUGUGUAAGCUCUCAGUGGUUGUCAAAAAACGAGGAUAUGUAGUCCAACUCUCACAUCAAAUAAAGCGAGUGGUAGCUGAUAUUUUGCGCUUCAAACACAAAGUUCAGAAUCCUUUAAACAGACAUCUUGGUUUUUUAACACUCUCUGAACUCGAUCAAUCUAUGCAAAUAUUAAUAAAAUUGUACCAGAUGGAAGCAUUUCCUCAAGACUUGAAGUGUCUACAACAAAAAAGAGCACUUGACUCACUGAAUGGUCAAUUGUCUCUCGCUGAUCAUCCCGAAUCACAGAAGUGUCCAAUCAUUCUUCCUAGUAAACAUCAUCACGUGGAACUAUUGAUAAGAGAGGAGCAUUACAAGAACCUCCAUGUGAGCUCUCGGGGACUUUCUACCUUAUUACGAUUACAAUUUUGGAUUCUCAGGAGUCAGUGGACAAUCAACAACCUUCUACGAAAAUGUAUCGUAUGCUUCCGAUGUCGUCCACCUAGUUUCAAACAGCUAAUGCGGAACUUGCCUGCCACACGGAGCACGCCAGAACGACCUCUUUUAAAUACCGGAAUUGACGAUGAUGGUCAUUUUGUUAUAAAAAUAUCUCGAAAUGUAACGGGGAAAGCAUACUUGGCCGUUUUCGUCUGUUUCGCUUUAAAGGCAGUCCGCCUCGAAGUGGUAUCUGAUGCCAGCACACCUGCUUUCCUAAAUACUUUAAAAAGAUUUAUAGCACGUACAGGAAAAAGUUCUCACAUCUAUUCGGACAACGGAGAAAAUUUCGUUGAUGCCAACAAUCAGCUGAAAGCCCUCUCAAAUCUCCUAAGUAACAACAAAUUUCAGAAUGACAUUGGAAAUUAUCUCACUCGUGGUUCUGUAUAUUGGAGUAUCGUUGCACUCGAAUGGCCUCACUUCGGCGGACUGUGGGAAUCAGCUGUCAUUUUAGCCAAAACACUCAUAAAAAAGAUAAUUGGUCUGACUUCAUUGACUUUUGAAGAAUUAUCAACUGUGGUUACUGAGGUUGAAGCAGUCUCGAAUUCUCGUCCGUUGUGUGCAUUAUCUAACGAGCCGAAUGACUUGAACUCUUUAACGCCUGGACACUUUCUCAUUGGAGAAUCGAUGACAGCUAAUCCCCACGAAGACAUACCGGACUUAAUAAAACCAGGAACAUUGGUUUUACUUCGAGAAGAUGACGCGCUGCCGCUUAUGUGGCUUAUGGGUAGAUUCGUCAAAGUGCAUCCGGGUAAGGAUGGUGUAAUCAGAGUAAUAAGCGUCAGAACAGCAAGCAACGUCAUAAAGCGUUCUCUCAAAGGCAUUUCUGUUUUGCCUAUCAACGUUUAA